CUGUUACCGUUUAUGUAUUUUGUGAAAGUGAAUCUACUGUGAUAAUUAUGCGUCUCUGUUCCUAUAUAUUAUUCUUCCUUAUUUUAUCACUAUCUAAUUAUGAAUUCGUAACAUCGAAACGAUUUACUGGUGGGCAUACAUAUCCAAAGUCCAGGGGCUUUUCUGGCCAUGGACGCCAUCAAAAUCGUACGUUUGACCGUAAGGCCCCUUUCUCGAAAAGUGGACAUCAACCAUCGGGAGGCAGCCAUGGCUAUCCAUCACCUGGCAGACAUACCACUAAUGUACACUACCAUUACAACUACAAUCCUCCGCAACAAAUUCGUUACACUCCCAAGCAUGGUGGGUCGCCUGUGAAUUAUCCAGUUUAUCACUCACCACCUCCAACUUAUGUGUAUAAAUAUAAGGAUUCAGGAAGUAAGUAUGGUACGUUAUUGGCUGGUUUAGCGCUUUACAACCUCGGAACUCAAAGUAAGAGUCAUUCAAAUUAUACACCAAAGCCAGGUGAAAUAUGCAAAUUUGCUAUUAAAAAAGAUAACGGAGAUUAUGAAGAAACUAAAAUAGACUGUAAUUUGAUAUCUAGUUUUAUGUACCAGGAAGAAGCUAAAACUCAAAGUGGAGGUACGAACAUAACUGUCGUAACAACGGUGACAAAUAUUACAACAAUAAAUGCACCAAAUAACAGUGAUCCAAGUCCAUCACCAGUAAAUACAAAUUCUUUGUAUGAAAUGUUACCAAAUGGCACACUGGUUCCUAUAAAUGCGACAGCUGCAAAUAGAACAACAGUUGACUCAAAUAAAACAGCGGAUGGCACAAUUACCUCUUCGGUAAGAAUCACAACAACCAAUACCACAGUGACUAAUGCGUUGGAUGUGAAAGGUAAACCGAUUAAUGUUACGCCAGGAAUGCAGUGUUUUGUGAUAAGUCAUUCACCAGUAAGGCAUAUGAAGAAGGCUGUUCCUUGUGGCUUAUUACAAACAUACGCUGAACAAUCAUUGAAAAAAAAUCAGCUUAAAAAAAUACGCCCAUAAUUUCAAAAUCGACGUAUUUAUAUUUAAAACAGUUGCAUUGAAAACAAACUAGAGAUAAAGUGGUUCGAAUACCUAUUUAUCAUGCUAUUAAUUAUGUUUUGUAUUUAAUAUACUAUUAUACUAAGAACACUUACAUAAUAUGGUAAUCUAGAUUUCCGUUAGCGUUUUGCAAAGGUUGCGUUUGUAACGUACUACAUAUGUCUGUAUUACUUCUUUUAUGAUAUAAAAUACGUUUUUUGUCACCGACACUUCUUGACAACAAAA